CUGCUGUAGAGCGUUCAACACCAUCAAGCCGUGGACAAGUUUCAUGAUUACUGUAGGCUUGUUGCAUGACUUUAUGGACAUUAAACAGUGAGAGGUGGAUGUGUGUCAGUGUUUGCUGGUGGUAAUGUGAGACAACAACUUUUUUCAGCCCCCACAGAGGCUUUAACUUCUGAAGGAUAUCCAACGGGCAACAGGAAGACAUCUUCCUUCAAGUUGCGCCAGAUGGAGCCUCCAACCAAUCCGGGGGACAGCCCGGUGGAUUUGGAGUUGACGGUGGAGAAUGUGGAGUCGGCUCUCUACCAGCUGUACUUUGACCCAGACAUGGAGCGUAAGAAUGUGGCCCAGAAGUGGCUGACCCAGGCCCAGGCUUCUGCACAAGCAUGGCAGUUCUGCUGGGCACUGCUUGGCCCAGAUAAGCUCCCAGAGGUGCAGUUUUUUGGCGCCAGCACCCUCCACACCAAGAUCUCCCGUCAUUGGAGCGACCUCCCCACAGACCAGCAUGAGGGCCUCAGGGUGCAGCUGCUCUCCCACAUCCUGCACUUCUCCUCUGGGCCAAAAAUGGUGCUAACCAGGCUGUGUGUAGCCCUGGCCGCUAUGGCUCUUAACUUAAUUCCACAGGCUUGGUCCCAGCCUGUGGCAGACAUGGUGAGGGCCUUCCAACCACAGAAGCCUGACUCUGAAGGUGUCUCUGGUGCAGAGGCCACCCAGGAUCCCCAUGCACAUUGCCUCGCACUGCUAGAGCUCCUCACCGUACUUCCAGAGGAGUUCCAGAGCAGUCGACUGGCUCAAGCUCAUCGUGCCCAGUUAAGAGAAUCCCUGGCUGGGGAGUGGGCUGUGGUGUGUCCAAUGCUGCGCCAGCUGCUCCAAAGCCAGGACUCUACGAACCAGGUGAAGGAGAAGGUGCUCCGCUGUCUGUCCAGCUGGGUGGGGCUGGAUGUGCCGUUAGGGGAGAGUCAUGAACUGGUCCAGGACUGUUUCACUGCUCUGUCCAACCCAGAACUGUUUGACACAGCUGUGGAGACGAUAGUCAAUGCCAUUUCACAGCCUGACUGCCAGAGGUACAUCGAUGCUCUGGUGAACCUGAUGCCUCUGGUGCUGGGUCUCCAUGAUCAGCUGAAGACAGCAGCUCAGGACGGGGACAUGGAAACCUCACAUGGUAUCUGUCGCAUUGCUGUGGCUAUGGGGGAAACUCACUCCAGGGUUUUGUUGGAACAGGUGGAGCACUGGCAAGAAUAUCUGGCUUUGGUUAACAUGAUUCUUUUCUGUACCGGCAUCCCCGGGCACUACCCAGUCAGUGAGACCACCAGCUCCCUUACACUCACCUUCUGGUACACUCUGCAGGAUGACAUUUUGUCAUUUGAAGAGGAGAAACAGGCAGUUUACCUGCAGGUCUACAGGCCAGUUUACUUUCAACUGGUGGACGUGCUUCUGCAUAAAUCCCACUAUCCGUCCCAGGAGGAUUAUGCCUCCUGGUCUUCUGAUGACAAGGAGCAGUUCAGAAUUUACAGAGUGGACAUUUCCGACACUCUGAUGUAUGUGUAUGAAAUGCUGGGGGCAGAGCUGCUCAGUAACCUCUACGACAGGCUGGGCAGACAGCUGAUGGACCCCCAACAGUCAUCAGUGUGGCAGGAUACAGAGGCCCUGUUAUUUGGCUUCCAGUCCAUAGCCGAGACCAUAGAUGUGAACUACUCUGAUGUUAUCCCUGGUCUCAUUGGUCUGAUCCCCAGAAUCAACAUCAGCAACGUUAUGCUGGCUGACACUGUCAUGUACACUAUAGGGUCCCUGGCUGAAUGGCUGGCUGACCACCCAGUCAUGUUGGGUGGCAUAUUACCCAUGGUGCUUCAGGGCCUUGUGAAGGCAGAGCUGUCUGUGUCCAGCGUAUCCACUCUGAAGAGGAUCUGCAGGGAGUGUAGACAUGACCUCGGCCCUUACGCUCAGGACAUCCUGACUGUCUCACAGGAUGUCCUGGUGAAAGAAGUCCAUAAGAGCAGCCAGUGCAUGUGGUUGAUGCAGGCUCUGGGUUUCCUCCUGUCCGCCCUGCCGGUGGAGGAGAUUCUGGUCAGACUUCACUCUCUCAUCACGCCUCACAUCCAGCAGCUGGAUACACUGGCACAGCAGGAGCCUAAUCCUAGCAACAAACAGUCAAUCAUCCACAUCCUGGGGAUGCUCUCAAGUCUUUUUACCACUCUGGACAUCAACAGACAAGCAGACAGCUUAGAGGGAGCACCCAGCCCAAGACUCACUCCAUCACAGAGCUCCCAAAACCCAGUUGUUGUUGUGCUUCAGCAAGUGUUCACAUUGAUCCAGACCAUCCUCAGCAAGUGGCUCGAUGACUCAGAGGUAGUCGAGGCAGUGUGUGGGGUAUUCGAUAAGUCAGUUCGAACCCUCCUACACGAUUUCGGGCCCAUGGUGGCUCAGCUGAGCGGGAUGCUGGGGCAGAUCUACAGCGCCUUCCCACAGGCCUCAGCUCUGGAUCUGGCACGGCAGAUGGUUCACAUAUUUUCUGGAGAGGAACACCACGUCUCGAACAUCAAAAGCCUUAUUGAGGUGUUGACUUCUGCCACACUUACUAUAUUCCAACAAGGUCCACGGGAUCAUCCUGAUAUUGCAGAAUCGUUUAUGCACCUUCAUGCUCAGAUUCUUAAAAGGAAGCCUGAUCUGUAUUUAUCCAACCAGUUGGAUGUUAAAGCACUGUUUUACUGUGGGAUUUUAUCGCUGAAGUUUCCAGAGACACCUACAGUAAAAGCUGGCAGUCUAUUCUUUACAGAGCUGCUGCCUCGCUGUAAAGACAUGCCCCCGCUUGGUGACGUGUUGCAGAGGGACGGAAAGCUCCUGACAGAGACCAUACUCCAGGCGGUUGGAGGCGGCUCACCUCGCAGUCUGACGGAGCACUUCUCUGAGGUGCUGUUGAGUCUGAACAGACACUGUCCAGCUCUGCUGUCCCAGUGGCUGAAAGAAACACUGCAGACCCCAGGAUUCCCCUCCGCCCAGGUCUCCACAGAGCAGAAACACACCUUCAGUCAGCAGCUUCUGAGGGAGCAAACUAACAAGCGUCACGUUAAGGAGAUUGUGAAGGAGUUUUCUCUGCUCUGUCGGGGCCUGCAGGGCUCUGGAUACUAAAUCACUAGACUGAGCUGGUGGCAGAUAAAGUAACAAAAACAAAAAAAACCACAAAUCUGAAUCAGUUUUGAUGAGGAAUGGUGCCAAACUGGACUUUUUACUUGGGCAGGUGACACUGGACUAUUGUGAUAAAAAAAAAAAA